AUGUACCUCACGUUGAUCCUUGGACCUCUUUCCAACCUCUCUGCCCCCAUCCCAACUACUUCCGACCCCGCAAGCGACAUGUCAAUCAUUGACAGCACAAGCCCCGCGAUCUAUCUGUUGACGGAGACGCGCCGCGACUCUGACGUUGGCCCGCCGUCGACACGGGCGUUAAACCAUGAAUGGCUCACUGUUCUGGUCAACGGCGUCACUGACACAGUGGUUCUCCUGCUGCCGUACACUCAAGCCGCCCUGAACGCAGUCGACCACACUCGCGCUGAAGCGUGGGUCUCCAUUGUGCGCGGAUCCAAGCUCCAACGCUGUGGCCUGCGGGAUGACCAGAACGGCCUGCUACUGCAGCUCGUUCUCGCGUACAGCGCCUUUGCCAAGAACACCCCAGCAGUCGAGAACGUCGACUUUCACCUAUUUGUCGACACUCUAUCUCUCUUCGUCGAAGCCCUCGACUCUCACGACUCUGCGGACACCGCGUUGAUGGCGAUGAGUGUUUUCAUGCUUGAUAUCAUACCUGAGGUUAUAUAUCCCGACCCGGAUCUACUAGCAUCCGCACGCGCUGUACUUGCGGCCUUGGAAGACAGCCCCGUCCUCACGUCCACGUCCCUCCUCACGCAUGCGUCCGCGCAUGUGCCCUCUCCCUCGUUCUCUGUCGCCGCCGAGACUGGCUUCUCCUCCGCCACUGUCAUUGUGCCCGCGUUCGCCAUCGCGCCCACCAUCACGCCCACUAUCAUGCCCACAUCCAUGCCCAUUCUUGUGCCCGCAUCCACCCAUCCACCUGCGCCUGAGCCGCCUGUCUCUGCGGAGCCUGGCCUCUCCUCCGCCACAGUCCUUACGCCCGUGUUUGCCAUCGCGGACACGUCCACCGCCGUCGCGUCCACCCAGGCGCCCACGCGCGCAUCCACCCAGGCGCCCACGUGCGCGGCCAUGGCCACAUCCGCUGUCGCAGCUGCGUCCACCACCAUCGCGUCCGCGCCCGCCGAUGCGGCGGCAUCUACCGGCAUGCCCACAUUCGGCAUCACCUCUGCGUCCUCCACCAUCGCGUCGACAGAGUCCACCGGCACCCAUGCUCCUGCGGACACGCCUACUCGCCCGGCCGUAGUCCGGACUCGUUUUAACGACGCGAUGGAGGCGGCGUCCCGCGUGUGCGAGCGCAACACGCUUACGGAGAUCGUUGGCAUACCUCCUGAGCGUUCGGUUGAGGUAGGGAGCGAGUGGGUUGAGGUGAUAAGGGACUCGAGCGACGCUGGUGAGGAUUCAGAUGGGUCCCUGCCGCUACUGCGGACCCCAUCGGACUCGGAUGACGAGUCCGAUGAUGACACUUGGUAA